AUGGGGCAUGUAGGCUCUAGAAUGCACGAAAAGCCUGCAAUAUAUAUAGAUACUGAUAAGUUAAAAUUUUUUUUUAAGUCUAUUGUUAUUACCAAUUCUAAGGAUCAGGCACCAAUUUAUAUAACCGUAGAAACAUAUCCUAAGACUUUUAUCAAUAUUUCUAGUGAUAGGGAAUGGCCUAUUGAGUUUAUUUUUGAUCCAGAAGCUUCUACUCAUAGUUUCUUACCAUUUCUUUUAAAACUCUAUGCAGAUCAGGAGAUACAUGUUAAAUUUAAUAUUAGCAUUCGAUUACAAACACCAGAAGAAAUAGAGACCAUGUGUUUUAAAGGUCUUUUUUUUGUUUACGGCUCUAAUAUAUUUGAAUUAGAUAACAUUUUGGCAUCGGAAUUAAAGGAUUUUGAAAAUAUUCAAAAUUGUCAAAAUGUUUCUUUUUUAGAUAAUAUUUCAACAGACGGAUUAUUAGAAAAAGAGUUUGAAUGGUCUUGGACAUGGAAACCUCAUUCAUCUAAGAAUAAGUAUUUAGAUGGAUGGAGGAAUACGUGUUAUUUUGUUCAACAUGAAAACAACGAUUUUUCUAUAUUAGCCAAAUUUAAUUUUUGGAUUUUGCAAAACGAUCUGAAAGUUCUACUAAAUGAAGAUCACUCUUCUGAAAAGAAAAAUGCUUUAUUUAAUUCUUUAUUAUGCAAUCUGAAUUCAGUAGUUAAUUUCAAUAAUUUUGAUGAUGCGUUUAAAAAUGAACCGAACGAUGGUCCAUUAUUUCGUGCAAUAAUAACAGCAUUGGAAAAAAAGACUACUGUUUUUAGAUAUAGAAUCAAAAAAUUAAUUAAAAGGGCUGUCGAUCUCUAUGAUUCUCAAAUAACUAAAAAUGAUGCAAAUCGUAGGUUUAUGAAUACAUUAAAAAAGGUCUCUGAAUCAAAUCCUAUUGCAAUGAAACCUGUAUUGAAACUAUAUUUGGAAGCAGCUAAUCAGCAGCUGCAAAGUUUUGAAUAUAAUAAUGCACUUCAAUUACAACGCUUGAUUAUAAAACCAUUAAAAUGUAUUUAUGAAGCCGAUAUAAAAGCUGCUGAAAGAAAAAAGAAGAAUUUUGAAGAUGAUUCUCAUGAUUAUUAUCAGUUUGUCUCACGUUAUUUGAGUAAAAGUGAUUCUUCUAAAGAUAAAAAAAUUUAUAAAGCAGAUGCGAAAUACUUUGCAAAAAAAAGAGAUUUUGAGCUUAAAUGUUUUGACUAUUAUUCUUUUAUGCAGGAUCUUAGUGGUGGAAAAAAGGAGCAAGAAAUUUUACAUCUUUUUACUUUAUAUGUGGAAAAUCAAUAUUCUACGUUGCAUAGAGUUAUUAAUGUAAUACUUGAUUUAAAACCGGGACUUGAUAGCUUAACUCAGGGUGUUCAGGAAAUUAAUAAGAAUCUUAGACAUGUCUCUACAAAAAGAGAAGAAUUAAGGCGGGUAUUAGAAAAAUCUAAAAUAUUUGUACAAUCGAAUAAUUUCUUUUCUUCUACAACACAUCAAAAAAAAUCAAAAGAUUCAGGCUAUAAGAAUCACUGUUUGACUUCAAAUAAUUACUGCAGUUCUCAAGAUAAUAGUUUUGAUUCUAAUGUAAAUAAAUUGUUGACUACAGAAAAUGCUGAAAUAUCUUUAUAUUCAAAUGAAGAUUCUAAAAGAUUAGAAGACACCAACGAAAAUGAUUCUGACAGUAUUUCUCAGAGACGAAAAGAAGGGCUUCUUUGGGCACUUUCUAGGCCAAGGGGUUAUACUGAUCCUAAAGUAGUGCAAAAGCUAAAUUGGCAUAAAUAUUGGAUUGUGCUAGCUGGAGGAAAAUUGUGCGAAUAUCAAAAUUGGAAACAAGCUAUAGAUCUUCAUAAUAUCCCAAUUGAUUUAAGAAUGGCAAGUGUAAAGAAAGUCUGCUCUCUUGACAGAAGAUUUUGUUUUGAAGUUAUAACUCCUAAAAUUAGACGAAUUUAUCAGGCAACAUCUGAAGAGGAUGUAUCUUCAUGGAUCAAAAGUAUUUCUAAGGCAAUAGAAAGUUUAUUAGAAGGAACGAGUUCUGUUUCUGAUCUUUCUCACUAUAAAAAUGUGGAUAAAACCCCCAUGUCUAAAUCAAAUGGAGAAAUAUUUUAUAGAAAUACUUUACCUUCUAAUUUAACUAUUGAAGAUGAUAGAAAUUCCAUUAAAAAUGCUUAUAAACUUUUAAAGAUAAUACAUGAUGCUGACCCUAUAUAUAAUGUUAUCUGUGCGGAUUGUAAUAGUUCUUCAAAAGCAGAAUGGUGUUCUAUAAAUAUUCCAGCGAUAUUAUGUAUUGAAUGUUCAGGUGUUCACCGAUCACUUGGAAGUCAUAUUUCAAAAGUACGAUCUUUAAUGCUUGAUACAACAUCUUUUACUAAUAAUUUGAUUGAUUUUAUUUGUCAAACUGGAAAUAAAAUGACGAAUUUGAUCUAUGAGGCUACGUAUGAUUCUGUGAAAAACUUGAAAAAUAUAAUUAAACCUUUUCCAACUUCUUCUCGGGAAGAGAAGUAUAAAUUUAUUUAUGCAAAAUAUGUUGAUAAAGCAUUCGUUUUGUACGAUUCUGAUCCUAUGAAAAGUCUACUUUUUGGUAUAUAUAAUAAGCAUAUUGAAUCUGUAGUUCAAGCAUUGGCAUCUGGAGCAGAUCCUAAUACUAUAGAUGCCGAAUCUGGAGAUUCUGCAUUAAUUCUUUCAUUGUCUUUAUCUUCAUAUGAAUUGGGAAAGAAUGAUUUAAAUAAUUCUUACAAAUCGCAGCAAGAAACAUUUCCUAUAGCAGAAUAUCUUUUGCAGAAUGGGGCUAAUCUUCCUGAAUAUUCUCUUUCUAUAUCACAUGAAAAGUUAUCUAUUCAGGCUAGAGCAUAUUUACAAAGUAAAUAUCCUAAAAAAUACUUAAAUAAUGAACAUGUAUCGGAGAAUAUGAAUUCUUCUGUAUCUAACAAUGGAUUAUUAAUCACAACAGACAAUUCAUUAAAUAAUUUUUCUUUUUUUUAUAAUGAACACAAAAAUUCAGGAAAACUUCAGAAAAAAAUAAAUUCUAGUGGAAAAUUGCCAAAAUUACUUUAG